UAGCCGCUGGUCAGCAUGGCUCAACAGUUUGUGGACAGCAAAAUCCGACCGGGGAAGGUGGCUGUGUUCAUCAAACCCACCUGCCCCUACUGCAGAAAGACCCAGGCGAUUCUCUGCCAAUUCCCUUUCAAGCAAGGGCUUUUGGAAUUUGUCAAUAUCACGGCUGCCAUCGACACCAACGCGAUCCAAGAUUAUCUCCAGCAGCUCACCGGAGCAAGAACCGUGAGUGGGGUUGCAUUUGGGAAGNNNUGUAUCGGUGGAUGCUCUGAUUUGGAGAUUCUGCAAGAGAGUGGGGAGCUGGUGAGGAGACUAACAGACAUGGGGGUUCUGCAAUAAUUACAGCGUUGACCCCCGUGCCGGUGCCCAGCUUGGGGCUGGGUGGCAGCACCCACGCUGACUGCACUGCCGGAUGGAUGGAUCUGCAACCUAUUCUUCCUCAGCUACAGCAGCUGUUCACUGAAAAAUUCAAAACAUUAACCGAAAAGCUGACGGAGAGGGAUUGACAAGGGCUCUCUUCGGAUCAAUAUGAAAAGUGGACCACCUUAUCUAAAAGCGUCCAGAAGGUUCCUGUGGGGUGCGGGCUUUCCUCUGGGUUGGCCUGUGGCCUGCAAAACGGCCAGCUCCAGUUCUGGCGUAGACUCACUCACCCACCAGAAGGGAGCGAUCCUUUCUGGCGGGCUGCUUUUGGUUCCCUGGUAACUAUUCUCCACGGGCCAGCAUUUCUCUACCUCUAAGUCCACUGUGUCUAACCAUGCCCUCCCAAGCCCCUCAGGAGGCGUCCACAGUUGGUCUGCGACUGCCCACAGCUGAAGUCCUGUCUCUGAUACAGCCCUUCUAGCGUGUUUUGACUGUGUGCUGAGACAACACAGACCUCCCCUCUGGCCGUCUCUCCCCACUGUGAGUCAUGCGCUGAGCUACUGUUCUCAUCCCUGACAGCCGCCAGAUCUCUCCGGAAAUGCCCCUUCCAUGUGUGCAGGGCCACAGGACCCACUUUGAGAAGCUCGGCCACACUGUUCACCUUGCUUGGUGCCAUGGGGGUGCGGGCAUCAAGACCAUGUGGCCAAACCCUUACAAAGAGGGUCAUCAAGUCAUCCCGAACAAGGGUGUACUGCUGUGGCUUAGGUUAUCUAACAUUUUUAAAUCAUCGGCUUUUGUUCCUGCCUUGAAAAAAAACAACAACAGGAAACCCACAGAAGGAGUCAAACAGAGAAAUACUGUUCUUAAAUGAUUCUCUACCUUUCUCUCUGGGUUGUUUUUUACACUCUUGAAAACUUUAAUUUCUUACAGUAAGAUUUAAUCUCUCUAUUCAAGAAUUAGAAUGUUAAGUUA